CCUCAUGUUGUGAGAUUCUUCAACGAAAUUUAUAAAGGUUCACUAACUUGGGAGGCUGCUAAAUAUAAAUGAAACACUAGCUUCCUUUCUUUCCUAUUUGACGCUGAGCGUAUCCAUGUCAAAGUACAAGCCAUCUGGAAACAAAGGCUUGUGUGAAAAUGGGAAGAGUGAGGAACGGGAGGGCAGAAGUUGUGUGCGUUACAAAUGUGGCCUUAUCAACACUAUACAGGAUGUCCUGCGCCAAAGACCAAACUGGGUUGAAGUUAAAGAUGAUGGAGAGUGGGACUUCUACUGGUGUGAUGUGGGCUGGCUUAGAGAGUAUUUCGAUCAUACAUACAUGGGAGAACAUGUCAGAAUAAAUCACUUUCGCAACCAUUACGAGCUGACGCGCAAAAAUCUCAUGGUGAAAAACCUGAAAAGGUACCAGAAAAAUCUUGAAAGGGAUCCAAAUGUGGCAUCCAAAUGUGAUUUUUUUCCAUGCACCUUUGCCCUGCCUAGUGAGUACCAUCUCUUUGUAGAGGAGUUCAAUAGAAGCCAUGGCAGCACCUGGAUAAUGAAGCCGGUAGCAAAGUCUCAAGGCAAAGGGAUUUUUCUGUUCAGGAAACUAAGAGAUGUUAUUGAAUGGAGGAAGGACAGCUCCCGAGCAGAAGAACAGAAGGAUGCAACACAUGUGGAAAACUAUGUAGCACAACGCUACAUAGAGAACCCUUACUUAAUAAAUGGCAGGAAAUUUGAUCUAAGAGUUUAUGUCCUGGUCACAUCAUAUGUUCCUUUGAAAGCCUGGCUAUAUCGGGAUGGCUUUGCCCGCUUUACAAGCACUCGCUUUUCCCUUAGCAGCAUCGAUGAUAAGUAUAUGCACCUUACCAAUGUGUCUGUCCAAAAGACAGCACCUGACUAUGAUCCAGAAAAGGGAUGCAAAUGGCAGAUACAACAGCUACGGAGAUAUCUGACUGCCAAGCAUGGUAGAGAGCUUGUGGAAACCCUCUUUAAAGAGAUUGAUAACAUCUUCAUCCAAAGUCUGCAGAGUGUGCAAAAAGUCAUUAUAAAUGACAAACACUGUUUUGAGCUCUAUGGUUACGACAUACUACUGGAUCAGAACCUUAAACCGUGGUUAAUUGAAGUGAAUGCUUCUCCAUCACAGACACCCAGUAGUCAAGAGGAUUAUGAGAUGAAGUGCAAACUGCUGGAGGACACUUUGAAUGUUGUUGAUAUGGAGGGAAGACUCACUGGCAAGGAAAAGAGAGUGGGAGGCUAUGAUCUCAUGUGGAAUGAUGGGCCCGUCUAUAGAGAGGAUGUCAACCUACAAACAUUUGGCAGCUCAUGUUUCACUGCCAACACACACUUAGGGUGUGUGAAUGACAGAGAGAAGCAGCUUCGCCUCCUACUGAAACCAUUCCCAUUUCAGAAGAAGGUGUAACUGCAUCAAGAAUUUCUAACCAGCCACUUCAGCAGUACAUGUGACAGUUUAUCAUUAAGGUGGAAGAGGAGCCUUUAAUGGACAUCAGUCUUGGUUCAAAUCUGAAUAUUUAAAUAUGUUAAUUAAAUGUUCUUAAAAGUAAUUU